AUGCCGAGACGUGGUGCAGGACGACCACGCAAGAGGGCGUUAGAGUCCCUGGCAACAGAGUCGCCAGAGACAUCUGCUGGAGUCGAGCCUGCCGGUCAGGGACAGACUUCGUAUGGUACUGCGGGCGCGUCGGGCUCUCAAACUCCGAUGGUUUCAGAGGUAACUACCCCGACCAUACCCGCCGUACCCACUCCUACCAUAUUUACGGUACCACCAACGGUACCACUGGCAUACCCGGCACCACCACCACCAAUGCCUACUGCAUACCAGGCACCACUGUCACCGGUGCCCACUGCAUACGUAGCACCCGCACCAGCAGCAGUAGUUGCUCCACAUCCGGUACCACCACCCACCGUACCUCCUGCCGCGCCCACCUAUGCUGAUCUUGCAGUGCCACCAAUGGCACCUGCCUCAGUCUAUGCAGCAGCACCGGGGAUGCCUCCCCCGGCCUAUAUAACGGUACCACCUGUUAUACCAGCUCGAGUGGUUCUGCCAGUUCCUGCAGCCAUCCCUACUCACCUCACUGAUAUAGUCACGGCUCAGCAUAUUGCUUCCAGAGUUUCUGGUCAAGGAGUUCAGCUCAGUCAGACAGGGACUCAGCAAGGAGGGCACAAAGCACAAUCCUCACAUCGUCAGCAGAGGACAGCUCCCCCUGCAGCAAUUGCAUUUGGCAUGCUCGAACAGGAGUAUCCCAGUGCUCUCAUAGUACCACAGAGCUUUGUUCCGGGACCACAGUAUCUGACUCAGGGGCAGUAUCAGCCAUAG